CGUGUCGACUAUUGGUCGGGAAAACGGCCGUGUCAUCGAUGGGCAGCGGCUCGUCGACGCGCCACCGCGAGAGUGCGUAUACGAUCGUUUCUACCUCCAACAAUCAGAGUGUGCCUGCUAUCGACUGGAUCGGCCGAUCGCUCAAGGUCAAAAGGGCGCUGAGUCUUGAUAUGUUUCGUAUCGAAACGAUCGUGGGCACGGGCUUCCUCGGGUCGGUCGCGACCGCCCAGCACAAGGCGUCGAAGACGUACUUCGCCCUCAAGAGCGUCUACAAGGCCGAUGCGGUCGCCAAGAAGAUGGUGUCAAGUCUCCUCCGGGAAAAGCAAGCGCUACAGGACCUCCAUGGGAUUCCCGGCGUCGUCCGGAGCUUUGGUACCUUUCAGACUCGCGACCAAGUGUGUUUUGUACUCGAAUAUGUCCCUGGCGGCGAGCUCUUUCAUUGGCUGCACGAAUACCGCGUCUUCUCCGAUGCAGAAGCCAAGUUUUACGCGGCCGAGCUGCUCGUGUGCUUGGAACGCAUGCACGCCGAAGACUACGUCUACCGCGAUCUCAAGCCCGAAAAUAUCCUCUUGGACGCCAGUGGGCAUCUCAAGCUCGUAGACUUUGGCUUUGCAAAACCGCACAUGACAGCAGAGACGCGAACGUACACGAGUCUCGGGACGCCGCAGUACCUCUCGCCCGAGCAGCUCAAGCCCCAAGGCGGCUACACCCGCGCGAUCGACUGGUGGGCGCUCGGCUGCGUCGUCUUUGAGCUUCUCGUCGGGCGCACGCCGUUUUACAAAGGUCGAGGCGACUCGCCGUUUGAAAUUUACACGCGCGUCGUGCAAGGCGCGUUUGCUUGUCCCAAGACCGUCUCGAAAGAGGCCAAAGAUUUUAUUUCGCAGCUUCUGCGGCCCGAGCGCAGCCGCCGCCUUAUCGAUCCCAGUGCCAUGCGCGCCCACCCAUGGUUUACAUCGAUCGUCUGGGCAGACGUUGAAGCGCACCAGAUCGUUCCCCCGAUCAUACCCUCGUUCCAUUGCCCAGGGGAUGUGACCUGCUUUGAUGUGCCGUCGCCUCCGGCGCGAGACCCGCAAUCUGUGCAAUGUACAGCCGCCAUGAACGAUGCUUUUCUCGAGUUUUAGUACCGAGACGUCGUCCGAAACGUGGAGUGAUAGUAGCAUCAAGGUCUUGUUUGUGCCGAGGUUGUAUACCUUGUGCGUCACUAGUCUCGCUACUCCGACCAGA